AUGAGCUUGCUCCUCCGUCAGUUAGCUAAAGUUGGACGGUAUGCUGGCCAUCAGGCGGAUCCCCGGUCUUCGCGGACACCUCCCAGCGAUGUCUCUGCGACUCUCCAUGUCCGCACGCCAGAACCGACCGAGAAGAUGCCUGGCCUGGCGAAAAAGCUGCUCGUCAUCGCGGCUGUGGACGGCUUGAUCCUCCAGCCGUACCAUAACAACACCCGCUCGUCCGCCAAUCUAGUGCAGGUCGACUACAAGACGCAUCAUAUACACUCGCCGGCGAGGGUCUCAAACUACCAGUACAAGAAUGACGCCUGUCUGGAGUCGCAUGGCCUGAUCGGACUGCUGUCAAUCGCAUCGUAUUCAUUCCUAAUAUCCAUCACCCAGCGCCAACAGGUAGCCACUAUCCUGGGGAAACCGGUAUUUGUGAUUACCGGGGUUUCUAUCAUCCCCCUCUCAUGUCAGGCCGAAGCAUCAAAGGCUAUCAGCCAGGCACAGCGGGCGUUGGAGAACAGUCCGGACGCCUACGAGCUGUCUGACAGCGAAUCUGACAACUCCGAGGACUUCCUGGCCGAUGAGCACAAUAACUUUGAUGCUAUAUGCCCAGAUGGAGACUUGUAUCCUCCCGUCGAUGAGCCCAGCAACGAAACCAGCAUAGCAGAGGAUGUCAUCAAAAAGCGGGGGCGGUAUGGCAGGUUCACUGCGGAGUGGUUUGCAAGGAAAGGAUGGGGGAGUAUCGGACUAUCUGACUCCAGAAGACGGUCACCGAUCUCCUCGAAUGAUGGCUCUACGCACGCAGAGUCCAUGGAACUGAAGAUUCUCGGGGCUGGCGCGGCGGAUGGCCAGGAUACGAAAGAUACCAGCGAGACAGCCGCUAUAGCAGACGCUAGAACUCAUGACUUGAUGCCAAAGUUGUUGAGAUACACCAAGAUGAUGUUUGGAUCGCGGAGUUUCUACUAUUCAUAUGAUCAUGACAUUACGAGACGGUUUGGUCCAAUAGAUCCUGCUUCAACGCAUGUUCCGCUAUGUCACCAGGCCAACCCAUUGGGUUUUAUCGGACAGCAAGAAUUCACCGCCGACAAGUUUUCUUCAUCCACCCCCGAAGGUGACGGUCAAGCUGGGCUUGCAAAGGAAGAAGAGAAGGCAGAAGCCGAAGAGACAGGUAAAAGUGGCUCGGCCGAAGAUAGUCGGACGUUUCUUCUCACACUGAUAUCCCGCCGUUCUGUCAUGCGCUCUGGAGUCCGCUAUCUGCGCCGCGGAGUUGACGAUGACGGUAAUACAGCGAACUCAGUGGAGACAGAGCAGAUACUGUCAAGUCCCUCUUGGAGUACGACGGAGAAGGUCUAUUCCCUCCUUCAGCUCCGAGGGUCUAUCCCCCUUUACUUCUCUCAGUCUCCAUACUAUUUCAAACCAGUCCCCAUCAUGCACCAUUCCGCACAGACAAACCAGACCUCGUUUACCAAGCAUUUCCAUGACAUCCAGAGAAGAUAUGGGAAAGUCCAUGCCGUCUGUCUGGUAGACAGGCAUGGCGUGGAAGUCAACAUCGCAGAAAUGUACGGGCGUUAUCUGGAAGCCUUUAACAAGGCUGAAACAUGUGAUGAAAAAAGGGUACAGUACCAGUGGUUCGAUUUCCAUGCAGAAUGUCGAGGGAUGAAGUUUGAGAAUGUCAGUCGGCUGGUUGACAGGAUGGCGGAAACUCUGGAUGAGUUUGGGGACACCGUGAUCCAGAAUAAUACCGUUGUUCGUAGCCAGUCGGGGAUCGUGAGGACGAACUGUAUGGACUGCUUGGAUCGUACGGGUGUUUCACAGUGCGCAUUCGGUCAGCGGGCAUUGGAGCAGCAGCUCAAAGAGGAAGGACACUAUAUUGACCUCCAGGCAAGCUCGGCUACACAGUGGUUUAAUGUCCUGUGGGCGGAUAAUGGCGAUGCCAUCUCGAAGCAGUACUCGUCUACCGCGGCGCUGAAGGGAGACUAUACAAGGACGCGGAAGCGUGACUACCGCGGCGCCCUCAAUGACCUAGGCCUGACACUGACGAGAUACUACACGAACAUAUUCAUCGACUACUUCUCCCAGGCCUGCAUCGACUAUCUGCUGGGAAACGUGACCACGCGGGUAUUCGAUGAGUUCGAAACGAACCUGCAGAGCGCCGACCCCGGCAUCUCCAUGGAGAAAGCACGCCAGAGUGCAAUUGAGACUAGCUGCCAGAUCGUGAUCAGCGACGAGAACGAGGAGUUUAUCGGAGGCUGGACCAUGCUGAGCCCUCGUCAGCCAAACACCCUGAGGACUCUACCGUUCGAGCAGACCGUUCUCCUGCUCACCAAUGUGGCGGUCUAUUCAUGCCGGCUUGACUGCAACACGGAGAAGGUCACCUCCUUUGAACGCAUCGACCUGACCUCGAUCACCGGCAUCAAGUACGGAACAUACAUCAGCUCCACGCUGACCGAAGCCCAGAUGGACGAGAAGCGUAACGUGGGCCUAGCAAUUGCCUACCGGCCCAGCACCAGCAACACGCUGCGAGUCAACACCACCUCGCUACACAGUCUCUUUGCAGAGAAGCCCGAUCCCGCCGAGAAUCAAGACAUCAUCGACUGGGACCUGUCCACGCUCUUCAAGGGGUCGGACCGGGCCUCGACGCAUUUCCUCGCCUUCAAGCUGCCCAACACCUCGUCCGUGGUAGUCAGAGGUCCCAAGAGCGCCGAGGUCAGCGAGCUCGACGCCGUGCGGGCUGUCUGCGAGGAGAUUGAGGGCAUGGUGAGCCGGGCAAGCGAGUCUACGCUCCAUCCGCAGCGGCCGUCUAUUGUCGAGCAGACACAGAUCAUCUCGCUGGAGAACGCCCGGAGGCAGACGGGGUACUUUGAGCAUCUCUUCUUCGACAUCAAGAAGCUCGUCUGGGCCUGA